AUGUCUAUUAUAUAUUCUGUGUCGGCACGUAUAUACUUGUUUAAACCCCGAGAGGCAAUGUUCGUCUUCUUCGUCUUGGGAAUACUGUUGUUAUAUCACAGCGAUGCUAGUUUACCUCAGAAGAGGAAAGGAGAUUAUCCCGAUGCCAACGAGGUUAUCCAGAAGCUCCCUCAAACGUACAUGCUUCAAUCAGUUGAAAAUUAUUCAGAUUUAUCUUGUGGUUAUCAAGUUUUCUACAGUGGGACUUAUGGAAACAAAACUUACUCAAAUUAUGACCUAUUCUUUUUCUACAUGGACGGUAGUCUAUUUAACCAGCCACUUUAUAUAAGAAAUGUGACUGGGUACAUAAUUACUCUGAGCAUAGAACCAGGUCUAUUCGCUGAGUUUGUAGGCAAUUGGGUAGUGUUCUACUUUUAUGUUCACGGUAAAUUUGGGAGAACCCUUAAGACUUCGCAACAAUUUUGCAAUUAG